CGGCAAACCGGGGGCGCUCGUGGCCGCGCCGGCGUUCGCCUCACCGCCGUGCUCAAACGUCUGAACCGUCUCUGAACCGGCGUUACCUGCACUGGCCCCCGGAGCCGUACGAAGCCGGGGGACCGGAGAAGCCCGGAAAUGGACUCAGUGGCCUUUGAGGAUGUGGCUGUGCACUUCAGUCUGGAGGAGUUGGUCUUACUGCAGCCUGCACAGAAGAAGAUCUACAGAGAUGUGAGUGGGGAACCUUCAGGAACCUGGCCUCAGUCGGAAAGAAGUGGGAAGAUGAUGACAUUGAAGAUCAGUACAAACACCAGGGGAGAAGACAAAGAAGUCAUGUGGUAGAGCGAAUCCGUGAUGGGAAAGAGGGUACUCAGUGUGGAGACAACUUCAGCCUUAUUUCAAAUCUCAAUCUGAACAAGAAAUCUCUUGGAGGAAAACCAUGUGAAGAAAACAGCAUGUGGAAAGCCUUCAUACAGCAGUUGUCUCCACUGGAAUAUCAGAGGUCACACUGGACACAAGCCAUAUGGAGAACAGCCACAUAACUGGUCUGCAGUGUACUGGAAAACAUGAAAGAAAUCACAAUGGAGAUAAACCUUAUGAACAUAAUAUAUAUGGUGAAGCCUUCAGUAUCAGGCAUUUUCAAGUAGAUGAAACCAAAGAAAAUCUUAAGUAUAAGGCAUGUGGGAUAGCAUCUAGUGAUCUCUCAGUCCUUCCAGCACACAUGGUCACUCACUGUGGAGACGGACUUCAUAAAUGCAAGGAAAAUGAGAAAGCAUCCGUUUCUCCCAGUUCAUUUAAAAUUCGUGAAAGGAGUCACACUGGAAAGAAACUCUAUGAAUGUAAACAGUGCAGCAAAGCCUACAGACAUCACAGUUCCCUACAAACACACAAGAGAAGUCAUUCUGGAGAGAAACCCUACGAAUGUAAAAUAUGUAGAAAAGCAUUCACUUGUCUCAGUUAUCUUCGAAAAUGUGAAAGGAUUCACACAGGAAAGAAACCCUACGAGUGUAAGCAAUGUGGCAAAGCCUUCAAAUACUAUACAUCCUUAGAAGCACACAAAGUGAGUCACACAGGAGAGAAAUUCUAUGAAUGUGAGGCAUGUGGUAAAGCUUACAGUGGUCCCACUGCCUUGAAAAAACACAGAAGAACUCAUACAAGAGAGAAACCCUAUGAAUGUAAAAAAUGUGGAGCAGCCUUUGGAUAUCACAGUUCCUUAAAAACACAUGAAAGAAAUCACAGUGGAGAGAAACCCUAUGAAUGUAAAACAUUGGAAACAUUGUAAAACAUUCCAAUCACAGAGGAAAAGAAUUCACUCGUCUUAAUUAUCUUCGAAGACAUAGAAGGAUUCACACGGGAGAAAUCCUAUGAAUGUAAAGUACAUGGGAAAGGUUACAGUGAUUAGAAUUCUUUAAAAGCACAUGAGAGAAGUCACACUGGAGAAAGACCCUAUGAGUGUAAAACAUGUGGUAAAGCAUUCGGUAGUCCCAGUUACCUGUGAAGACAUCAAAGAAAUCACACUGAAGAGAAACCUUAUGAAUAUAGAGGACGUAGUAAAGCCAGAUAUUAUACUACCUUAGAAUCACACAAAUAGAUUUACACAGGAGAGAAACCUAUGAAUGUAAACAAUGUGGUAAAAGUUAUAGAUAUCACAGUUCCUUACACAUGAAAGAACUCACACUGGAGAGAAACCCUAUGAAUGUAAAACAUGUGGAAAAGAAUUCAGUUGUCUCAGUUAUCUUUGAAAACAUGAACAGACUCACACAUGAAGGAAACCCUAUAAAUGUAAGCAAUGUGGUAAAGCUUUCCUUUCUCUACAAGAUUUCCAAGGACAUGAAAGAUAUCACAUUGGAGAAGAAACUAUAAAUGUAAGAAAUGUGGGAAAGCCUUAACUUUACACACAAACUAUUGAAUACAGUGAGCAUGCACUAUCCUUGCCCAUCCUGAUUUUACUUUAGGAGCAGAGAGGUCUCUUUGCAAGUCCAACGUUUUUCCCAAGAGGAAACAUCAAAAAGGGGUGUGGCUUCCAAAGGUAUUCAUCCAAGUUUUAAUUUGAUUGUACCAGGUGACCUGUAGGGAGAGGGUAUCAUUUUGCAUAAUAAUCCUAAUUUAACAUAAAAGGAGUGGUGGGAAAUUUUCAGAUACACUAUAGCUAAAUGUAGGAAAGCCUUCUGUCAUUCCAGUUCCUUCCAAAGGCAUGAAAGGACUCAUUGGAUAAAACCUUUUGAGUAUGAACAGUGUUGGAAGAGCUUCAAUUUGCAUAUAUCCUUACAUGUGAAAAAUCUCAGGGAAAAGAGAGAAAGCUAUAUGACAUGAAAAAUCUUGAUGGAAAUUAAUCCAUGUAUAAUGUUCCAAAUUUCAACAUGGAAGAAUUAGUCUUAAAGUUGUAUGUAUGUAGUGUUUAUCAAGCUUGUUUUGUGAAGUAUAUCAUUGCAAUGUAGAUUUCGUGUUGGUUUUAUUUAUUUUCAGAGAAAGGGGAAGGGAAGGAGAGAGGGAGGGAGGAAUACAUCAAUGUGUGGUUGCCUCUCGCACACCCCCCAACAGGGACCUGGUCUGAAACCCAGGCAUGUGCUCCGACUGGGAAUUGAACCAGCAAGUCUUUGGUCUACAAGCCCAUGCUCAAUCCAUUGAGCCACACCAGCAAGGGCACAAUGUAGAUUUCUAAAUAAGAAAAAAAUACUGAGGUGAGAUAACUCUGGGAGUUAUCUUGCAGUGUUAGUCCAUAAGAUUACUAGACAGUGCUUUUUCCUUAAAUAAGUUAAUAUUUUCCUAACAUUUUUGAAGCCUAUUAGAUCUCUGGGUGAACUGAAGUGUAUUUUAAUGUAUAGUUAGGUGAAACUUUUUAUACUGCUUUGUUUGUCCUCUGUGAAGGGGUCGUUGGAAAAGGCCAGUUCGGCAUUUGCUGGGAUUUUCCUACUGUCUUUGUGACAGUUCCUGGACAUCCUUUGUCCCUUAACUAUAUGGCUCAAUGAAAUCACACUGAAGAGAAACCUGGGAUAAGACACUGAGAUUUGGAUGUGAGGCAUGAAACAAACAAGUUCCUCCAAUCCUGGCACUUAUACUUUUGUGAGAAUAGAGAGGUGAAUAGCAAACCAUAAAGCUUUGUUUUGUGAUAUGGUACUAAGAGCUUUGGAGGAAAGUGAGAAAUGACAUGUGACAUAACAGGGAGUCACGGGUGUAUAUAUUCUUACAUGAGGGUACAGCCUCGUGAGUAAGGAUAUCAUCAUUAACCACUUGUAUUUCCGUAAUCUAAAAAAUGUUAAAAACUGUUUCAGGAACCACUAGGGUGUGAAAGUAAGUAGAAGGUGGCAAUACAGAAUGCCCUGCUCUUUGAUAAAUGAUAGUGAUUCCCAAUAAAGAUAUGGACAUGGUUCCUCAUCAUUUUUGCCAUCAUUGCAAAUUUUGUAUCUGGGUUAUGUGGUUGUGACUUAGGACAUUGUUGUUUGGAACUCACGGCUUUGUAUUGAUUUGAAUCACAGAUAUUUGUGGUGUACUUUUACAUUGAACAUUGAAAGGAUUUUUCAUUUAUCUUCAAAUCUGAAAACGUUGAAGUAUUCGGCAUUUUCAUUUUGCUGCUCUACACACUGAGUGACACACACCAAGGAGUCCUCCCAAUUGGAGAGUUACCUUCUUCUGCACUGCUCUCGCCCCUCUCGAGUUCAUUCCACAGCACAGACCCUACACCCACACCCAGGACAGGUUCAGGUUCAGAUAAGAAGGGAUCAGGUAUUUGAGACACCCUGCACUAGGGCUGAGGUCAUGCACCUUGGGGUCUUCAAAGGGUCCUUACAGGGUGAGAAGAAGAGCAGAUGUUUAGUAAAUAGAAGGUUGCCCUGCUAUAUAGGUGGGUCAAAAGGAGGUUAUUGCUGAUCAUCUUUUCUUAUGGCCAAAGCCUCUAAUUCAAGUUCUUCUGGGUAGUUGAAGGGAGAGGCAGAAGCUUCUCUUGAGCCUGCUGGUAAGUGUCUUGAGUUCAAAACUU